CCCCAGCUCAGCCCUCUCAAUUCAUCCUUCCCCAGAGGAGCACAAAGGAUGAAGGAAUGUGUAUGCUUUUCUUCAUAGUCUGAUCCCAGACUUUUUCUUCCUGGAAAGCCUGACCUUCGACUAGAUGGAAGUAACAUUCGAAGAUGUGGCUGUUAUUUUUUCUUGGGAAGAGUGGAAAUUUCUGGAUUAUUUUCAAAAAAAGCUCUACAGGGAAGUCAUGUGGGAGAACUACACAAAUGUCAUGUCAGUAGGAAACUGGAGCGUGAGUUAUAAACCCCAAGAUGAAAGAUUCAGAUAUUUGGAAUAUGAACAUUUUUCCUACUGGCAAGGCUGGAGAAAUGCUGGCACUCAGAUAUAUGAGAAUCAGAACUAUGAGGGAACUGUUAAUGAGGUAGAUUCCAAAGACCUAAAGCAUCAGGACUUUUCCCAUUGUCAAGAAUGGUUAAUCCUCUCCACACAGGUACCAGGGUAUGGUAAUUAUGAAUUGACUUUUGAAGGGAAACAUCCCAGAAACUUAUUAUGUAAAAAGUUUAUUAUUCCUUGGCAGCCCUUAGAAACAAAACCCACUCAAGACUAUAGAGAAACCUACACUAGUGAUUCACAUGUGUUUCAUGGGAGCAGUUACCAUCUUGACAUAUCCAGAAAAAAUCUUUCUAUGGAAAAAGAACAGAAGCUCAUAUUUCAGCAUUCUUUUAUCCCAGUGGAAGAAGCUCUUCCAGAGUACAUUGGGGCUAUAUGCCAAAAUGACCUGCUAAAAGAUUCAGUGGAAGAGAAAUACUGCGGAUGUCAUAAAUGUAAGGAAAUUUAUUAUUGGAACUCACAAUGUAUUCACCACAAGAGAAAUCAACUUGGAGAAAAGUUCUAUCAAUGCUCUGUCAGUACAGCAUGCUUCUCUCCUAGAUCUGACUUAUAUAGACACUCAAGAAUCCACAUAGGAAAGAAGCACAUAGGAUGUGAUGGAGUUGACAAUAGCUUUAGUCAGAGCUCAGGAGUUCAUUUGCAUCAGAGAGCCUACACAGGGGAGAUACCUUAUAUCUGUAAUGCAUGUGGCAAGAGCUUCAGGCAGAUCUCUAGUCUUCACAGCCAUCAAAGAGUCCACACAGAAGAGAAACUCUAUAAAUUUGAGUGUGAUAAGGACCUCAGCAGAAAUUCACUGCUUCACAUUCAGAGACUUCACAUAGGAGAGAAGCCUUUUAAGUGCGAUCAGUGUGGUAAGUGUUUUAGUCGCAGUUCAGUAUUGCAUGUCCAUCAGAGAGUUCACACAGGAGAGAAACCAUAUAAGUGUGAUGAGUGUGGUAAGGGCUUCAGUCAGAGUUCAAAUCUUCGAAUUCAUCAGUUAGUACACACAGGAGAGAAGUCCUACAAAUGUGAUGACUGUGGUAAGGGCUUUACACAGCGCUCAAAUCUUCAAAUUCAUCAGAGAGUGCAUACAGGGGAGAAACCUUAUAAAUGUGAUGACUGUGGAAAGGACUUCAGUCACAGUUCAGAUCUUCGCAUUCAUCGAAGAGUCCACACAGGGGAGAAACCUUAUACUUGCCAUGAAUGUGGAAAGGGCUUCAGCAAGAGUUCAAAGCUCCACACUCAUCAGAGAGUACAUACUGGAGAGAAACCCUAUAAAUGUGAAGAGUGUGGUAGGGGAUUCAGUCAGCGUUCACAUCUUCUCAUUCAUCAGAGAGUCCAUACAGGGGAAAAGCCCUAUAAGUGUGAUGACUGUGGAAAAGGCUUUAGCCACAGCUCUAAUCUUCACAUUCAUCAGAGGGUCCAUACAGGAGAGAAGCCUUAUCAAUGUGCUAAGUGUGGAAAGGGUUUCAGUCAUAGCUCAGCUCUUCGAAUUCAUCAAAGAGUCCACACAGGAGAGAAACGUUAUAAAUGCCAUGAGUAUUAUAAGGGAUUUGAUCAGAAGUCACAUCUUCAUAAUAGUCACAGAAGAGAAACUUUAUAAAUUGUGUUCAUUUAGUUAAAUAUCAUUGACAAAAUUUAACCUUUAAACCCAAUAAAUGUUGCUGAGAAGGGAAGCUUAUAAAUAACACAAAUCCCAAGCAACAUAUGUAGUUUUGUAGUUUCACCUAACUCACAUUAAAAAGUUUGCUUUAAGGGGACUUCCUUAAGUGGAUUCCUAUAUAUUUAGAAUUAAAUUUUAUUUUUUUUACUAUAGAUAUAAUACAUGGUCAUUACACACACACACACACACACACACACACACACACACACAUAUAUAUAUUUAAGGAGAAAACAAUUCAUUCUGGUCUUUUUUUCUUUGUAUUUUAAUGUGAAUGAAAUCAUACUGUACCACUUUAUAUUUUCACUGACUUCAAAACAUUACUUAAAUUUGGGAACCAGCAGUUAGCGUAAUGGCUAUGUUGCUGGAAUCCCACGUAGUCGACCACGGUUCG